UGGUGCAUGUAAACAUUGUGUUAGUAUUGCGUUACAUUGUGGUGUAAUUUGUGACGCAAAACGAAUUCAACAGAAAAAUGACUAAGAUUUUGUUAACGUAUGAAAAAUGACUUGCUUUUUGUAUAGAAAGCUUUUGUUUUCAGUAGAGAUAUUUCACAAUAGCUUUCAGGUCAUGGUGAAAUUGAAGAAUUUAAAGGAAGAAAUCGUAGGAUGGGGGCGUUCUGAUCAGAUUUCACAGGCUACAAAUUCCUCCGGAGCUGUUACACUGCAGGGUCAUUGAUCAAUGAGCACAGGCUGCAACUCAAGUGUCUUUGAAGACUUUGCACACAGACAUCGAGGGACAAGAACUUCACUGCAGACAUGAGUCAAGUCUUGGACAUCGAGCGCUAUGAUCUGAACAUUAAGAGCAACAACAGCAGCCAUCAUACGGAGCUGUGUAAAGAGGAGCGUUUGAUUGUCAGAAGGGGACAGCCCUUCAACAUCAGUUUACAUCUGAAAGCUGGAAGCAAAAAGUUCAAACCAAGUGAAACAAGCUUCACGCUGAUUGUUGAAACUGGUCCACGACCCAGAAAAGAAUCUGGCACGAAGGUUUGCUUUGGACUCCAUGACUCCACGGUGGACACUGAGUGGAGCGCCUCUGCCACUAAUGAUCCCUCUGGAAACACAGUGUCUGUGACUAUCAAUUCCUCCCCCAAUGCCCCAAUAGGGCUCUAUUCUCUGACUGUGGACCAGGAGGGGCAGAAGACCAGUUUAGGACAAUUCACCCUGCUUUUUAAUGCUUGGUGCCCCAGAGAUGCUGUUUACAUGCGCAAUGAGAAAGAGAGGACGGAGUAUGUCUUAGCACAACAUGGGCAGGUCUUCAGAGGAACGUAUAAAAACAUCAAAGGGACACCCUGGAACUUCGGACAGUUUGGACCAGGAAUAUUGGAUAUCUGUCUGAAGAUCCUGGAUAAAAACCCUAAAUUUGUGUCUGAUGCUGACCAGGACUGCUCUGCCAGGAGAAAUCCCAUCUAUGUGACCAGAGUGCUGAGUGCCAUGAUCAACAGUAAUGAUGACCACGGUGUGGUGGUUGGAAAUUGGGGAGAGGUUACAGACGGGGUUCGUCCAGGCCAGUGGAUCGGCAGCAGGGACAUUCUGCGCCAGUGGGCAGAAAGUGGCCCCGUCCGCUACGGCCAGUGUUGGGUCUUUGCUGCUGUUGGGUGCACAGUGUCCCGUGCCCUGGGCAUCCCGUGUCGAGUGGUUAGUAACUUUGAAUCAGCUCACGAUUCUAACGCCAACCUGAUGAUAGAAAACCUGUAUGAUGAAGAUGGUGAGAGAAUUCCUGGAGGUGAUUCGAUAUGGAACUUCCAUGUUUGGUUGGAUAGCUGGAUGACUCGUCCAGACUUAGGAAAGGAAUUUGAUGGUUGGCAGACCAAUGACCCAACCCCACAAGAGAAAAGUGAAGGUGUUUACUGUUGUGGACCGGCCUCACUGAGGGCUAUCAAGGAAGGGGAGCUGACCAAGAAGUACGAUGCUCCCUUUAUUUUCGCUGAGGUUAAUGCAGAUGUUGUGGACUUUGUGCGCAAGUCAAAUGGACAAUUGGUCAAAAUCAGAGGAUCAACAAAGUCUGUCGGACAGUUCAUCAGCACCAAAGCUGUGGGCUCAAAUGAGAGGCACGACAUCACACACGAGUACAAGUACCCUGAAGGUUCAAAGGAGGAGAGGCAGGUGUAUGAGAAGGCUCAGCACCACAACAAGCUACGCCCGCAAGGAGAAGAGCCAGAGCUCCAUCUCAAGAUCAAGCUUGCUGAUAACAUGAUUGUGGGCUCAGACUUUGAGGUUUGUGCUGUCCUCACAAACAGCAGCAAGCAGACAAAGACCUGCAACUUCCUGUUUGUUGCCAAAGCUGUAAGCUACAACGGAAGACUAGGAGAGAAAUGUGGAUCCGCUUCAGACAAAGUGAAGGUGCCCCCUGGAGAAGAGAGGCGUCUGUGCCUCAGACUGAAGUAUGACAGUUAUAUGUCAGUGAUCACCUCUGACAGGCUGAUCCAUCUGUCAGCCAUCACCGUCGACAAGCAGAGCAAUGAAUACCACAAGGCUGAGAAGACCAUUGUGUUGGAUGAGCCAGUCAUAAAAAUCAAGCUGGUGGGAGAAGCCACACUAUAUGAGUCUAUGACGGCAGAGCUGAGCUUGUUGAACCCUUUACCAGAGCCACUGCAGGACUGCAGCUUCACCAUGGAGGGGGACGGCUUCACUGACUGGGAGCCCAUAAUACUGAGGAUUGGAACAGUGGGCCCAAAACAGGAGGCCAAGGCCACUGCUGAGCUCAGUCCCAGCAUUACUGGCCCCAGCAUGCUCCUGGUGAACUUUGAUAGCGACAAACUGAGGGACGUCCAGAGCUUCGUCAAUGUUAUGGUGAACGAAUGAGCCAGUACAGAAAUCUAAUAGCACUGAAAGCUUUUUUACAUUGUUGUUCUUUGGACUAGCAGGUACUGAAUUUCUUUUAAAUGCGCUUACUAUUUUUAUACUGCCUCUGUAGUAGGCUACAAAAGGAGUAAUAGCUGCAAUAUAAUAAGAUAAUGUCAUAAACACAUUUAAUUUGGUUCAUUCUAAAUGUGACAAUAAAGCCAUUGCUACUAAAGCUGCCAGUAGAUUGUUUAAGGGAGCAGCGCUUCCUCGCCUCCUUUUAGGAAACAUUUUGUUGUUGGUGAUGCAGAAAAAAUCCAGUGUGCUAAUUGAAAAUAAAAUUUUGGAGAAAACA